AUGAUAUUACUGCAAUUUGAGAUUCUAUUCACUCCUAUUCGUGCUGUGAAAGGACAAGCCGUCGCUGAUUUUCUGGCAGCACACCCGCUGCCGGCAGAUUCUCCUCUGAACGAUGAUCUACCCGACGAACAAAUCAAGAGUUUGAGGGAAUCUGGCGAGGCCGUCUGGGAAUUAUAUUUUGAUGGAGCAGCAUCCUCCCGUAAAAAUGUGACCCAACAAUAUGUAAUUCCUGAAAAAGCUGGAGUCGGUCUAAUUUUCAUAACACCGGAAAAAGGAAUGAUGCAUUUUUCCUAUCAUUUAUCGGAGCCCUGCACAAACAACGAAGCUGAAUACGAAGCUCUGAUAAUCGGUCUGGAACUUGCAAUUCUAAUAGAAAUUAAAGAGAUUAAGAUCUUUGGAGAUUCCCAGGUUCCCCGUAGAAGCAAUUCUGCGGAGGAUGCCUUAGCAAAACUUGCAAAGGAAUUUGUAUGUCCUGAGGAGGAUUCCAUCCCUAUAGAGAUUCAGAGUCGUAAAGCCAUCUCUCUUAUAGAUUUGGAACACAUUAGUAAGACUCCCCUUCAGAUCCUUUCUGCCUCUUCGACAAUCGACGAAGAAG